AUGGUGGAUAAAUUCAAGUUUCAUUACCUCAAUUGGCGUCCUUUUACUGUGAGCGAGAGAGCGGAGAAUGUUGAAAAGAAAAGAUUUAAUGGAUAUGGGUUUACUAAAUAUGAACUUUCAAAUAUUCACAAUCCAAAUGUGAAGUUUCUUGUUCAAUGGGUACACAAAGACAACUUUGAUGUGCGUGUUAAGCCUUGUAUUUUGAUUGAAAGAAUGAAGGGGCAGGAGAUUAAAUCGCUUCUGGAUGAGUAUAAUUAA